GCCCAUUCAACUACGGCAGCCGACGCAACGUCGCUUCUGGCUCAACUAUUUGAUGGCAAACUCGUAACUGAAAGCGUCCUGGUGCCGUCAUCCGUGCACCGAAACCCCCUCUGAAGACGAUCCCACCAACAGUUGUUCACGAGGACUGUGUUCCUCCAACCACUGACCUUCAGGGUCCACACCACCUUGGUAUUUAGUUGACGACUUUGCCCCCAUCGUCGUCGUCGCCGGGGAUAGCUCUCACCGGAAAGGCCUUCCUUCCUUCGCUCAACGCCAGUCGACUCGCCUGGCAAACAGAUUCUCUGAAGUGUGUAUUCUUCGAACGUUGGGAGGGAAGGCCAUCACCAACCGACCAAAACAUACACUGUGAGACCAGCCGCCAUCCUGGAUUUCCAUCUGGUGCCCGGGGAAGGGCGAAGGAACUACACUGGAUUCGUCACCAAGACGAUCCUCUACUCUGCCACCUUACUCGUUUUCUUAACUGGUACGUUAUCCGCCUCCCCCGGCCUGCGUCGCAGGAAAAACCCAUCAGUAACUUGAAACUGACGCAUCGGAUCGGGCAGCUUCUGCACUGACGCUGGCGUCAAUCAUCGUGCCGAAAUGGGUCAGCUAUUACAGUGAGACGGUGUGUAUCUACCUGCUUUGCCCAUUAUUCGCUUUCUCUACUUCGCUAGAGUGAGCGUGUCCAGCUCGCUGACUGAUUGUGUGGUCGUUAAAUAUCUAGCCAUCUGGCAUGAAAUUCCAUUACUCCUAUGGCCUUCAUCGCCGCUGCUCCUCCCUUACCCAGUCUUGCGACCCAUUCCCACAAUAUGAAGAUUGUCACGGCGACAAUGACGGGUCCUUCUGCUCGAUGUGGCGCUCCGUCGCCUUCCUGAUGUCGUUCGCGAUCGUGCUUGAAGGAAUGACACUAAUCACAUACAUUUUCAUUCUCGCGGGUGGAAAGCAAAUGCGAGAAACCGGGUGGAAAGUUCUAACGUUGUUUUUGGUAUUUAUAACCCUAGUGCAAUGCGCCGCGAUGGCGCUGGUGUCGUAUCUCUUCGACAACGAUGAACGGUUCUAUCCCGGCUGGAAAUUGGAUAAAUCCUGGAUUAUGAGUGUGGUCAGCAUGUGCCUGGCUGGUUUCAACGCGGUCAUCAUUUAUAUGACCAUUCGCACCCUGCCGUCCGAGGGUGGAUACGAACUGAUUGCCGAUAAUUCCUAAUGAUUCUCCUUCUAUCUCUACGUAUACCAUUUUCCGAUCGGUGUAUCUUUGUUUUUUCUAGCGGUGGAUAUUCAUGCUUUCAGCUUUGAUCUUAAUAAGGAGUGAUAAUCCUGUGAUGUCGCAUUAUUCGAUACUAACAAUCAGGCGCUUGGCUAGCUUUCCUGAUCCUCUUUUUCUUGUUCUUUGUCCUAGCUUUAAAUAAAUUUGUGACGCCCAGUUGGUUCCG